AGGAGGGGCGGUGGGGAGCCUUCCUAGUCCGGGAUAUCUCCUCAGUAGGAUGAGUCAUCAGCCCUUCUUGGGGACCAGUUUGGGAGGGCCCUCUGGGUACCAGUGCCACCUCCGCCCCACCCAUCCCCCGGGCCCACAGGAGGGGUACCCAUUUUGUGUCCCUUGUCAAAAGCCUCCUGGCAGAAGCAGCCAUGUCCUCGGCGGUUUCUGGUUUUGUGGAUUUGCAUCUGUGGCAGGAAUUGCUGCGAGGAGGGCAGUUGCUGCCUCGCUGCCUGGAUUUUUGAACCUGCUCCUCUUGGACAGAACUUCCGCCUUCCUCCCACCACUGCUCCAUCUUCCCGUAUCCGACGUCACCUGUGGGGAACAGGAGUGGGAAGGGGUGCUCCCAGGAGGCCUGGAGGCGGUGGGGGUGUGGCGUUGCAGUCCCCAAGAACUGGCGCCUCGAGGGGAGCCCACCUGUGCUAGCUUCAGAGAAUGGGAUGGCUGGUCUGGGUCAGUCACUUACCUAGGAAUGAAUGAGAGCCCUUUGAAACUGUGAGAUGUCCUCUCUCCUGGGUAAUCCAUCCCUGGAGCCGUCCAGGCAGGCUCUGGCCAGCUCUCCACCUGUCUUUGUACAGAAGAGGUCCCCUCCUGGGCCCAGAAGGGUCUUUCUCGUUGUGUGCCAGCACACAGAGAGAUUUCGGAGCUGUAAACCCCCCAACGAGCUCAGUCAGAACAGCAGAUGACAGCGACUACUUGCUGGGAUUUAAAAAGGGAAAAACAAGCCUCUGGCUCACCUGUUUUCUGAAAGGGCAGUUUCUGGACUGGUGCCGCCAGCUACAUGCCCUGCCCUCCGGGGUACCCAGGCACCGAUUCUGAGUCCCUGCCACGCCCUUCCUGGGCAGAGCAGCCCAGCCCUGUGCCUCGUGGGUCCCUGCGGCACCGGCUCCCGAGUUUGUCCCACGUGGCAGACGAAGAGUGGACUCGAUGAGGCUGCUGGUGUGUGUGUGCUGCCUGUUCCAGAGGAAAUGGUUUUUCCUGUUGAGCCUUGUUUCGAGGGACAUCCCAUUGACGUUUCUGGCUUUGGGUUGAAAACCCUACGUCUUCAAUUAGAAAAACAGUCACCUAGCGGGUGUUCCAAGUCACAGGUGCCGACCGAGGCCACUCUGGGGCAGCGUGUGUUCAGGGAUGUGGGACGUGACGCUGUUGUCUCACGCAGAUCGGCGAGUGUGCACCUCGGAGACUCAGACCCGCUGUUGCAGGAUCCCAGCCUUGGCACUGGCCGCUAAACCUCUCUGGUGACUUUACUGAAAUUCAGGGGACCUCACAGGGCAUCGGGGCCCACGAAAGGCCUCGCUGAGAUCUGUUCACUGAUGGGUGAGGCGUGUGCCGAGUGGGCUCUGUGGAGCCGACUGGCUGCCCGGGCAACAGUGCUCUUGGGGAACACAGGAGCUGGGAAGCACCUUCUCGGCUGUUCUGUGACAGAGGCGUGCGCUGCUGCCGGCGGCCUCCUAAGGCGCGUCUCCAGCCCGGCUCGGAGCAGGGUCCUUCGUGGGCGCUCUGGUGGCGCUGAGGCUGCUGGAGGUCUGGUGAUUUACAAAACCCCUUUUAAAGCAGCUGUUUUUAAAUGAGUUGCUUUACAAACUUUCUCACACGUGCAAAGCUCUCCUCUGAAUUUCUUUCCAAAAGUAGAUUAUCACUUUUCUUGCGUUUGGUGUUGGAAGCGACUUCAGGUCGGUGCCAGGUGGGCUCGUGUUGGGUGUUUUGGGUAGAGGUUAGUACCAGUGUCAACCUUUCCACGCGCCAGGUUCACAGAAGCAGCGCCCUGCCCGACCCGCCCUCUGCGCCUGGCACCAGCCUGAAGGGCAGGACCCCGGUCUGGGGCAUCUGGGCCCCGACUUGGCUGGGGCCGUCCUGCCUCACCUUUCUGAGCCUACAGGUGUCUGAUUCUUGGGCUCUGGUACAGGUGCGCCCGGGCCCUGGGGGCAUGGGGGAGCGCAGGCAUCAUCCACAUCCUUAAGCUCGUGAAAGUGGUCAGCUGACCCUCAUGGGGGUCACUGGUGGGGGCCUGAGCCCCCGUCCUAGCCUCCUGGUCACCUCGGCAUCCCAUCUCCUUAAUGGAAAGAUCUCUGCACUGAACUUUGCCCCCGGUGUCCAGCCAAGCUCAGGACGUCACCUGGGGGUCCAGCCAGUGGGCCCGUUCACUGGACCUCCCUUUUCCUCUUGGCUUUGCGAGGCAGGCGGUGGCCCUGUGGGCCCCAGGGAGCGGGUCCUCGCCGGGUGGGAGGGGCCUCGGGUGUGUGGGAAUGUGAGCUCCGGCUCUGUAAACAGCUGGUGACUCACCGCAUAGCUAUGUCACUGGCCGCUGGGCCCUGUGCACUGACGUGCUCUGAGUGUGAGCUGGGAGAGCCUGAGGCCCUCCCCCUCCGACACAGAGACCUUCUGGUGCCCCCAGGCCCGCUCAGGUGUCAGGAGCCGGCUGGGGCCCAGCCCCCCAAGUGUCGGCUUCACCCCAGCCCGGGGUGGGAGUGUCAGACCCGUGGGGCGCUCGCUGGUUGGGUCUCUCCCAAAUGACGGGGUUCACCGCAGCUUUCUCCCUCCCUGUGAGGGUCACCCCAGACCACUGCUUGCUGCCUCUCGGGGUCCCUGUGGGGAGUGCCCGGUCCCUCCUGCCCAGGAGCCCGGAGCCCACCAGAGGCCUCCGGAGUCCUGCUCUGCCGGCCAGUGCCGCGAGAAUGCUGGGACCCUGUCUUGGUUUGCAGCCCUCUGGUCAUGGCCAGUGGGGACGCGGCCCAGGGGCCCCCAGCAGAGGCCGGGCCAGAGGGUGGGGAGGGCCAGGCCAGGGCUCACCAGUGCAGGCCCCGGGUCCUGGGUGUGCAGCAGGUGCAGUGGGGUUGUCCACGCAGGGGACUCGCACUGGGGGAGACGCUUCGCCGAGGGCUGCCCUCUGGACCUGAGGACCCCUCUCUGUGUGUUUCUCUGACGUCCCCUCUGCUCGGCUCAUCUCGUCCUGCGCUUGGAGUGUGGGUAGUGGGCAGGGGGCUGGUGUGGACCCACCCACGGCUGUCUUGUGUCCCCCGCAGCCCCCUCCUCAUGGGUGGGGGCGCCUGUGUUUGUUUACUGCCUGACGCCUCGUGAUGUCUGAGCACAGGCCUGACCUGAAGUCCUCAUUGCUUUUGGGCUUCUCCGUUUCCAUGACGACUGUGGGGGGGCUGGCCACUUCCCAAGGUCGCCAUGGCAACUAUCAGAGGGGAAUCAUGCUUGGGAUGGUUUGGCUGGGUUUUUCAUGAAUGAUUAGAAUGUGUGACACAAUGCAGACGGAGACUGGGCAGGGCGGGCGAGGCGGGCGGGGGUGGCGGGGACAGCUCCCGCCAGACGGCCCGUUAGCUGGUGAGGCGGCGGCGGCUCCCCACCUCUGGCCGUGGCCUCUAGACCUGCUGUCCCCCAGGAGCCCCUGCCCAUCCCUCAGGCCGCAGGGUCCUGGUGCGGGGGCCGUUUUUGUGGAGGUGGUGAUGUCACAGCCGCAGCGCCCUUGGCCGUGUGACGAUUUCCAAGCAGUUCCGUCCUGGUGACCGUGCCCAGGUUAUGACGACUAAUCCCAAACCAAACAAGGCAUUAAAGGUCAAGAAGGAGGCGGGCGAGAACGCCCCGGUGCUCAGCGACGAUGAGCUGGUGUCCAUGUCGGUGCGCGAGCUGAACCAGCACCUGCGGGGCCUCACCAAGGAGGAGGUGACCCGCCUGAAGCAGCGCCGGCGCACGCUCAAGAACCGCGGCUACGCGGCCAGCUGCCGCAUCAAGCGGGUGACGCAGAAGGAGGAGCUGGAGCGGCAGCGCGUGGAGCUGCAGCAGGAGGUGGAGAAGCUGGCGCGCGAGAACAGCAGCAUGCGGCUGGAGCUGGACGCCCUGCGCUCCAAGUACGAGGCCCUGCAGACCUUCGCCCGCACCGUGGCCCGCGGGCCCGUCGCGCCCACCAAGGUGGCCACCACCAGCGUUAUCACCAUCGUCAAGUCCGCGGAGAUCGCCCCCUCCGUGCCCUUCUCCGCCGCGUCCUAGUGCCUGCUGGGGCCGCGUGGGGGGCGGUGGGCCGGCGCCACCCGCGUGCCUGUCGGAGGGUCCUUGGGACCCAGACUGUCAACAUCCAAGUCAAAGUGCGGCCCCCUGGGCCACGGCAGCUCGCGCCAGGGCGAGGUUGCAGGUGCGGGAUGCGGAGCAGGCUCUGGGGAGCCCCCGCCGCACGCCACCCACACUCAUGCGCACACGCGUGCACACACACUCACACGCCCUGCCCGUUCUCCCCCGCGUAUGUGCCUGGUUUUGGGAGUUGGUGUCUCGCACCCGAGGGAGUCAGGAUGUAGGGCGGGAAGGUCCUGGGAAGGGAGGUGCUGAUGUCCCCUGCAGGGGCUGCCAGAAGCAGCAGCUGCCCUUGCAGCCUGGCUGGCAGGGGCUUGUCUUCCACGUCCUGUGGGCAGCCCGCCAGCCGCUGCCAGAGCCCCACUGCCCUGACCCGGCUCUGGCUGCCCCGAGAGGGGAGUAGACGGAAGGCGGUCGGCCCUUUGGUCUUCCAGCCAUCCCUGUUGAGAUGCACUGUGAUCUGCUUCAGCCCUGAGCAUGUGGCCUCCACCACUCGGGCAUAGAUGGGAGGGCUGCCCAUGUGGGCUGGUGCCUGUGUAUGCGCACAUGCACGGGUGUACGCGUGUGCACCUGCAUGCCUGUGUACAGGCCUGCCUGCCAUCACUGCACCCGUGUGCCGGCAGCUCGGGGGGCCUUGGAAGAGCAGCUGGUCCCGUGGGGAGGGCCUGUGGGUACGUGUGCUGGGGGUGUGUGUGUACGUCAUGGUCCUGUGUCGCCUGUGUAGGUGCAGUAGCCACCUCCCCGCAGGAGCCGGCCCGCUUGGUCACGAGCCUGUGGGCCAUUCCUGGGUCUCAGUGCAGAUAGGCAGGUCUCAGGCCGGUUUCCUCGGAGCUGCCUCUUGCCAGCUGUAGGGGGCGCGGGAGAGCGUGAGGGUCUUCCUGUGGCCUGGAGGGCAGGGCUGCUGCGGCCCAGGUGGGGCUGUGGCCUGAGGGAUGCCAGUGGAUGUGGAGGUGGAAGGGGGACGUCCUGUGUGGAGUGGGGGAGGAGGUGGGAGCAGUGCCCGGGAACAUGAGAGGUGGGCCUGGGACGCAGGGAGGUCAGAGGGUGUGACGGGUGGGGAGGGCUGGACACUGGGCCAGGAGUGGCUUGGCAGCUCUGGCAGGAGGCAGGCUCUGCGACCCUGCGCCUUCUUCCUGGAGCUCACAGUGACUGUGUCUUGGCCGUCCUUGGGCUUCCUUUCCCAGGGAGCCCUGAGGGCUCUGGUGCCUGUGCAUGGGAGCGGGUGGCCGUCCUGGGGCCCCCGGCUGGGGCGAGCUGGCGAGAUGGAGCCCCAGCCACUGGCCAGAAGCCGCCACGUAGGAAAAGCUGAGGCGAUGCCAGGACCCAGCCCCUGGUUCCCUCUGAGCCGUGCCCACCCAGGGAGACCCCAGCAAGCGGCACUGCCCCCUGUGGGUGUGAGCUGGGCAGGAGGGGGCAGGAGGGCAGAGGACGGGCGGCCCCAGGGCUGCGACACGAUUCUGUCUGCUGUUAGAGCGACCAGGAAGCUGCAGGCCCAGCCGGCGCCAGGGCACACGGGGCCCUGCCGGUGCAGAAGGCCGGUGUUUCGAGACAAGGUGGUGACGCCACAGCCAUGGUAGGUAAUCCAUAUUGGAUAUCGAUAAGGACCAUGGGGAAUAUUUAAAGAGAGAAAGAUAAAAUAUAUAUAUAUAUAUAUAAAAUUAUAUACACAUUUUAUCGUAUAGAUUUUUCGUAGCGAUUUUCCUUUUCCAGUUUGAUACUGUAAAUCUUUAUCAGAGCAGAGCCGCGGUGGGCGCUGGGCAGGCGGGAGUGGGGGCGGGUCGCCCUCCCUCCUGGCCUCUCGGAAGAGGCCGGUGCCCGCCGCCUCCCCCGUCUUCCGCAGCUGCACCGGCAGGUGUCGUGCUCAGAGCCACGGUGGGUUGCACGUCCCCUCCAGCCUUGGGGUUCUUGGUGUCCCUGUCUUAUGGGACGUGGACAGGUGGGGGACCAUCGCCGUGGGCUGGGGAGGGGGCACCCCACCCUCGGCUCUGCCUGCCCAAGAUGGCGCGUUCUGCUCUUUUCUGAUCAUUGAGAUUUCAUUGUCAUGAUUUAAUAUAUGGAUUUUUUAUUUAAGAAAAAAGACGAGGACCUCUUUGUCGUGUGGGUUUGUUUUCUAUCUCUGUGCCUCAGGCUUCCAAAGAAGGAAGGUCUUGGCUUCUCCCAAGGCGGUCGGGACCCUCCGUGUCCCGCGUCUUCACCCAGUUUCUCCUGCCUCUGCUCCUCAGCGGUUUCAUUUCAAUAUUUAUUUUUGUGCUGCUUUUUACGUGAUAUAAAUUAUUGAGGAGAGAUCACAUGUGUGGACCCUCGCCUGGCACAGGCCCCCACCCGCCACCCUGCCCUGUCCCCGUGUCGCGGCUGCCACCUGAUUUACUGCUGUACAUCUUGCUGCUGUGACUGCUUUUGUACCUUUGCAAUAAAGAUUUUUCUGGUUUCA